AUGUUGACUUGUAUAGCUUGCUCUAAGCAACACCUCAAUGCCGCAUCUCUUCCCCAACCCCAGCAUGAUGAUGACGACGACGCCGCCGCCGCCGCUAUUUCCACUCCCUCCACUAGACAAGCCAUCAAAGCCCUCACUUCUCAAAUCAAGGACAUUGGAAUAAAGGCUUCGGGUACGUACAAGAACUGCAAGCCCUGUUCUGGCUCUUCCAACCACCACAAUAACCACGGGGAUGACUACGCCGAUUCCGAACCCGGCUCUGUCUCCGGCCGCUAUCACUUCUCCUACGCUAGAGCUGCUGCUGGUAGCUCCAAUUCUAUGCCAAGGCGGCCCUGGGGCAAGGAAAUGGAAUCUAGAUUGAAAGUGCUUUCCAGCAGCGAAACCACGCCCGCCUCCGUCAGUGGCUGGACAGAGUCCGUUGUGUUUAUGGAAGAAGACGAGCCCAAGGAAUGGGUCGCUCAGGUCGAGCCUGGCAUCCUUAUCACUAAUUAA